AUCUAAGUACUUCAAACUCAUCUUCAUUGCUGAUCCGGAAAAUUUUGAACGGUGAAUGGAGAUUUUUUUUCUAAACGACUGUAUUAGGCCCUACCAUACUAUACAGAUUACAGGGGGCGUUCUGUAUGAGGCUCCAUGAGUUCACAUCCCGCACGAGUGCGGUCCCGCUCAUGGACGGAAAGAGAGAGAAAGCGGCAUGACAUAAGGGACGGUCCACUGCAUCUGGCAUUGCAAAUCAAUUGACUACGUGGCAUUUUGGCACAGUUUCGUCUGCUACCUGGCGUCUAGGCAACGUUUCAGCUGCUUAGCAAACAACACUCGUAAAAACAAAUACUCAAAUUCAAAGGAUGUCUCCUAUGUCAGCGUCAAUGAGAGGAAUUUGUGGACUCGGGAUCUAUUAAUGCUACCCCGUCUAGCCAAAAUAUCUUGUGCUCGCAUCAAUUCGGUUAACAUUUUGCUGAUCUGCAGCAAUCUGUUUUUUUUUGUGAAGUAUCUGUUUUAGGUAAGUCAUAUACUGAGCUUAAAUUUGGGGAAAAAUGAGUUCUCAGGUAAUGAAAAAUGAUUUUUGUCGUCAGGGUUGUGUGAAUAUGGCGAGUGCUACCUUGACAUCAGCUCUGAGGCCGUCUUUAUGCAAGGUUUCUGCAGGGUCGUUUGGUGUGAGUCGAACUCGCGUCGCAGCAGCACGGCCCCUGCAACUCAAGAGCACGAACCGUGCCUCUUUCACAACCCUUCCUAGCUCUCUCAGAUCUGGUUCAUUUUUUAUGGGUAAUGUGCUGAGUUGUAAAGCCGACAAACUGGGCGGAAGGGGGAAACGUGGUGGUACUAGUUCUAUCCAAUGCGCGCGCGUGGACCUGCUGUACUCAACGGAGGCUUUGCGUUGGCUGUUUGCUGUCUCUUCUGUGGUUUUGAUGUUUUCAAAACACACCGUCAUCCGUAAAUCUUUUCUUGUGCCACUUUUGGCUUUGCAGGCACCUGGAGAUGUUGUUUCAUGGAUCAGAGGUGACUAUGGUUUAUGGACUGCCUUCACAAUUUUCCUUAUUCGCCUUUUUUACCCAAUUCCUGGGGAAAUGGAGUUGCCUCUGUUAUUUGUCUUGCUUGUGAUUAUUGCUCCUUCUCAGGCAUCGAGCAUGAGAGGAACCCAAGCAAGUAUGGUUAUUUCCAUAGCCAUUUCUGCAUACUUGAGUUUUCAACACUUCACCAACGCAGGUAGCGUGAAAAAAGCUUUUGAGCAGAAUUCUGUUGUAGCGAGCAUUGCUUCUCUGUGCCUUAUCUGUGUACCUAUAUGGUUUCUCAUUCAAGGAUUUAUAUUUUAAGCCACUGUCAUUUCCAAGAUAGUGAAACGAAUGUAAAGGCAAUGCGGUCCCUUAUCAUGUCAUCUAUGUCACCAUGUUAGAUACGUAUUUUUUAUUACUGUAAGGCUGGUCAGCUAGUGAAUAGAUGAAGAUUCACUAAUUGGCAGGCUCCAUUAUCAAUCUCUUAGUAGCGUCAUAUUUUAGUUUGGCUCUAUAAUCAUACCACCUUGUCUCAAAGCAGAUUACUUGACUACUACUACUAUCAACUGGAUUAGAUAAGCUAUCUUGUUGGGACAAGUAUGUGUACAUGUAACUUAUAUGUAACUUAUUACAUAAGUUAAUGGAUUAGAUAAGCUAUCUUGUUGGGAAGUA